CGUAAUAUGGCGCGCCUGUGCGUCAUACUUGGCGUGUGCAUUGCAGGUGUCUCAGCAGAAGAUAAUGCAACACUUCCUGUUGCAACGACGCAGCCGCAUGCAUCUCUGCCCCGCAUCCCCGAGGAGGCUCAGCGGCUGGAAUCGAUCGUCGAGCCGCCUCAGCGCAGCGAAUCGAUCGUCGACUUGCCUCUAGAACCACCACCACCGCCCGAGCCGAAGCGCACGCACGCACCGGAGCCGAAGCGCACGACGCCGCCGCGGCCGGCCGAGCCCGUCGAGGGCGCCUGGUCGUGCGCCCGCCGCGCAGCGCUGCCGACGACGAUCCGGCUGUUCCUGCGAGCCGUCGGCGCGCCCCAAAACUGGCGCGACGCCGCGGCGCGCUACGUCCAACCUAUCGAGGGCCCCUGGACGUGGCGAAUCGCCGACCACCGGCCGCCCGUCUUGCUCGUGCGCGCGGCGACCGGCAAGGUCUCGCGCGUGGCCUGCGCUUCUGAUGAUCGCUGCGCCCGCUUCUUCACCGAGACAAGUGGCGGCUGGCGGUUCCAGGCCACCGAACCCGUGUGCGUGCGCGGCGCGGCGCUCGACGCCAGCGACGAGCCACCUCAUGGGUGGGCGCGCGGCGCCGGGGGCGCCCUACUAUUCAUACAAGCGUCGGCGCUCGCUUCGACGAAGCGGUCGCGCGCGGUCGUCGGCGCUGUGACGGCCGCGGCCCUCGCCGCGCAUUACGCGGACGCGACUUCAUCAGUAUCAAUACCGAUCACCUGGCAGCGCGGCGUCUCAGGUGUCAUCUGCGCCUUCCUGAGCCUGCGCUGCGUGCCCGUGUCCGCGAUCGUCGCGCUGCUGGCGCUGGCCGCCGCCGCCGUUUACUUGGCAAGGAGCGCGCCCGCGAGCCUCUGGACCGCCUGGCCGCUCAAGCUGCACCCGGAAAAUUUGGAGGACCUCGUCCGCGUCGAGAUCGGCACGUCGUCGGGUCUGAUACUCGUCGUGUCCGCCGCGGGCCGGCGCCUCGCGUCGUCUUUGUUGGUCGCCGCCGCGGCCGCGGUCGGCGCGCGCGCCCUCGCGGGCGCAGACGACGAGGAGGAGGAGGAGGACGACGCGGUCUACGAUGGGUUGCGGGGCUUCUUCGUGCCCGUGUCCCGGCCGCCGACCGACGACAGAGUCGGUAAUGUAUUAGACGGCCUCGCGUGCGCCGCGACCGCGGCGGCGGCGCGCCUCGCGGGCCUCGCGCUCGUCGCGACCUGUAGUGACGACCCGCGCCGCAACAGCCAACUACUCGUCGCCGUCGUGUUUGGCUGGCCGCUCCUCGCGUGGCUCGCGUCGAUAGUACAGCGCUUGCAAGAGCACCGCCGGACAAAGCGGCGCUUCUGCUCGCCCGGCGCCUCGACGAACGCGACGCGCUACUACCUCGAGCUCCUCCGCCAGUAUUUGGUCAGGAACCGGGCCGAGCUUGGCAAGCUCGCGCCGCAUCCGGCGACGUCUCAUCAAAGGGACGCGGAGAUCGAGCGUUUUGUGGCGUCGGGCCAGUCGCUCCACAGUUAUCGGCUCACCUACUAGAAGUAAGGAUUGUUUAUACUAGCUAG